AUGGUAGGGGUCAAAAGUAUUGGUGGGUGUGUUCUACUACUAAGUGUUUGGACAUAUUGGCGUAUACCACUAAUAGCUCCAGAGUCUCCCGCCACUGCACACCAUCCUUAUGCAACAAGAUUUGUUCGAAGAGGCAUGGCUUAUCAAAAUAAUCCUCGCCACUACGUCCGAGGAUUUAGAUUCGCACUAGACAGAUUAAGGGCUAACGAUUUUAUUUGGAGGCCAUACCCAAGCUACCCCGAAUGCGUCCUUCAAGAUAGCCAGAUUUGGAGCGCUACAACAUCAAUUAUCAGUUUCCAUAUCGUUGAAAUGCAUCAGGCUGAUAGGGUAAAAUUGCAGUUUGGAUUUCAACAAGAUAUCCCUCCUCAGCCUAGAUGUCUACGUCAACAACAUGAGACUGAUAUGCCUAAUACAUGGGGAGAUCAUUGGCGCAAUAUAAAUAAAGAAGAAAAUAACGAGUGGAGAAACAGAACAAAUUUGACCCUACGAGGUAACAUGGUUAACGGUAACUGUGUUCAUAGUGCUGAAUAUAUGCAAUGGUUUUUAUCCAUUCCAUUUAUGCACGCUUCUCAAGGUCAGUUCCUAGAGGACCCCCGUCAGUAUGCAACGUCUUCAUCACAACAAAGAUCCUCUUCGCCCAUGCCUCAAGAAAUGCCUCAGGUGAACCCUUCACAAUUUGAAACACAGACAUCUUCAUUCAACCAGCCAACAUUCUUUGCCGCCUCCUCUCAACAACCAACACAACCACAACCCCAACCAUCAUAUCAACGCACUCAUACUACAUUCUUUGCCACCUCCUCUCAACAACCAACACCGUACACCCCAACCCCACAACCAAACUACUACUAUCGACAACAAUAUCAGGAACAAGCCACAUUUCAACCUUCUUUUCAUUUCACUCCGAUCCCUCAGCCUAAUUUUGAUUUCUCUUACCCCCAACCACAACACCAAACAUUUAACCCUUCAAUGUCUCAUCCAAGUUCAUCCGGUCGCACCGACAAUGUUUAUUACCCUCCCAUCCAACAAAACCCUCCAACCACUUUCACCCAACCAUUCCAGUCAGCCCCUAACUUUACCCUAACGGAUGAUCAACUCAUGGAAUGGCCAGGUUUUUCGGUUACUGAUGUGGACAUGCUUGAUACAUCACGUCAACCUGAAAAUGAAGAGUUGACUUCCGACUCUACCCCAUCACCUCCAACAUCACCUCCAAUACGGCAAACUCAAGAGUUAGGCAGGGGGAAACGUGUGAAAAAGAGUACAUUGUGUGGAACUGGCGGUCAUUUGCGUAGAUAA